UUUGAAAAGUUAUACAACCAUUUACACUAGCCCUAGCAGCCUCUUCUCCGUUUCCGUACUCUCUCUCUCUCUCUAAAAAUCAGCACUCCGCAAUGGCUUCCCGGAGGCUGUUAGCCUCAAUUCUCCGUUCCUCCGCCUACCGCAACCGUAUCUCGAGUUCCAUAUUCUCCGCCCCCAGGCUCAGGCCACGUGCCUCUCCUACCGGUCACUUCCUCCACCGUGUUGCUCAGUACGCCUCCUCUGCCGCUGCCCAAUCAGCUCCAUCGGCGCCAUCUAAAGCUACUAGUGGUGGACCCAGUGGGAAGAUUACCGAUGAGUUCACUGGUAAAGGUGCGAUCGGGAAAGUGUGCCAAGUCAUUGGUGCUGUCGUUGACGUCAGGUUCCACGAUGGAUUGCCACCGAUCUUGACGGCCUUGGAGGUUUUGGAUAAUCAGAUCAGGUUGGUUCUGGAAGUGGCCCAGCACUUGGGUGAGAAUGUGGUCAGGUGUAUUGCUAUGGAUGGUACUGAAGGGCUUGUUCGAGGCCAACGUGUGCUCAACACCGGCUCUCCCAUCACCGUGCCUGUUGGUCGAGCCACUCUGGGCCGUAUCAUGAAUGUCAUCGGAGAGCCUAUUGAUGAGAAAGGCGACAUUAAAACCGAUCACCAGUUACCAAUUCAUCGCGAAGCUCCUGCAUUUGUGGAGCAAGCAACCGAACAACAAAUUCUCGUUACUGGCAUCAAGGUUGUUGACCUUCUUGCGCCGUACCAAAGAGGAGGGAAGAUUGGGCUCUUUGGUGGUGCUGGAGUGGGAAAGACCGUACUUAUUAUGGAACUGAUCAACAACGUUGCAAAAGCUCAUGGUGGUUUCUCUGUCUUUGCUGGUGUAGGAGAACGUACUCGAGAGGGUAAUGACUUGUACAGAGAAAUGAUAGAGAGUGGUGUCAUUAAGCUAGGUGAUAAGCAGGCUGAUAGCAAAUGUGCCCUAGUCUAUGGUCAAAUGAAUGAGCCCCCAGGUGCUCGUGCUCGUGUUGGACUUACUGGACUGACUGUGGCUGAACACUUCCGAGAUGCUGAAGGGCAAGAUGUGCUUCUUUUUAUUGACAACAUUUUCCGUUUUACCCAGGCCAACUCUGAAGUGUCUGCUUUGCUUGGGCGUAUCCCAUCUGCUGUAGGUUAUCAACCUACAUUGGCUACAGAUCUUGGAGGCCUUCAAGAACGUAUCACUACAACUAAAAAGGGUUCCAUUACAUCUGUUCAAGCUAUCUAUGUGCCUGCUGAUGACUUGACAGAUCCAGCUCCUGCGACUACCUUUGCUCACUUGGAUGCCACAACUGUGUUGUCAAGACAGAUUUCUGAGCUUGGUAUCUAUCCUGCCGUUGAUCCACUUGACUCAACAUCUCGUAUGCUUUCCCCUCACAUCUUGGGAGAAGAACAUUACAACACAGCCCGUGGCGUACAGAAAGUUCUUCAGAACUACAAGAAUCUUCAAGAUAUUAUUGCCAUUCUUGGAAUGGAUGAGCUCAGUGAAGACGACAAAUUAACUGUUGCACGUGCUAGGAAAAUUCAACGGUUCUUGAGCCAGCCUUUCCAUGUUGCAGAAGUUUUCACGGGUGCCCCUGGCAAGUAUGUCGAGUUGAAGGAGAGCAUUAACAGCUUCCAGGGAGUCUUGGAUGGAAAAUACGAUGACCUUGCAGAACAAUCAUUUUACAUGGUUGGAGGAAUCGAAGAGGUCAUUGCCAAGGCAGAGAAGAUUGCCAAGGAAUCCGCUGCCUAGAUAGAUCAAAAUUUCCAUGAGUUCAUCAUGUUACGGAUAUUUGCUAAUAAUUUAAUCUGUGGCCAUGCCAACAUCUCGAGUUAUAUUUUCUUCCCAAAAUUUCUGUUUAUGUUUUACAUCAACAGCAGGAUUGUGAUACGGAUGUGGAGUCGAGAGCCUCCCUGACAUGCCCCCUUGUGUUUUAGAAUGUGAAAUAAUAAGUGGGGUAAGACGGCGGACCUGUAUAUUUUUUUUCCCCCCUCAAAUACCAUAUUGGAUGCUGCGAUUUGGACAUGAUUUCUGUAAUCCACUUUCGCUUAUGGUUUUCAUACUGCACAAUUUUUGUUGAGAAUAAACACGCUUCGUGAAGUGAUUUUGAUCAUUAAGCCUGUGGCUCGAUGAGUGA